ACACCAGGAAGUAAAAGGAAGGAUGCCUGCUCUUGUGGAUUAGAUUUGAAAUUUAAAACAGUAUAUUUCCUUAAACAAACCCCAGAUAGUAAUGGCAGCCAUCAUCAAAGAAACACAAAGCAUUAAAGAAGCAGUGACUUUUAUCAACACGAUUGAUCUAAAUAAAUUCUCCAGACUCCUUUCACGAAUCCUGCAGAAACUUCACCUGAAGGAAGAGCGCACGUUCAGUGAAGAGGAAGAGCAGAAACUGCAGAUUGCUCUGUCAUUGGACAAGCAGGCGCUCAGUCUUGUGCUGGAGACUGCUGCCUUCAUUCUAGAGCAGGCUGUCUAUCAUAAUGUGAAGCCAGUGUCCCUCCAGCAACAGCUAGAGAGCAUCCAUCUCUCCUCUGAGAAGGCUGAGGCCUUCUGCCUCGUUUGGAAGGCUGCCGGACCAGAUGUCCUGGAAAAGGUCAGGCAGAGGAUUUUUGCCCCCAGGAAGCUGGAACAUGUUGGGUGGGAACUCAACCUUCAGAUGGCUCAGUCCAGACAAGCAAAGUUGAAGGAUCCACAUGCAGUGCUGGAGCUUGGAGUCAGAAAUGAGGAUUCUGAGAGAGUGGAGAACGUCUUUGUGGAGUUCAGCCACCAGCAGCUACUCGACUUCUACAACAAGCUAGAGAUGGUUCAAGCACAGUUGGACUCUCUCACUUGAUGCGGGUGCCCGUCUAUUUUUACAUGUUUGUGUGAUGAAUGCUCUAGAUAAAGCUAUGCCGGUGGUCACGUUCCCCGUGUUCUCUGACUGGACCCCUAUGCUGAUGAAGUGCUGGUGUCAUCCGACAAAACUCUGAUUUCAUGGUUCAGUGUGAAAGCUGUGUAUAUAGGACAGGAAUCAAGCUGCAAUUAAUCUGUUGAAAAAAUCUUCCCGGGUACUUCUGACUCUGUCAAUUCAUGCCACUGUGGACCUGUGGAACAUCAAUGCUGUUUAUUUGUGAGAUGCAUGAAAUGUGUCCCAAGGAAUCUGUCAAGACAGUGUCUAUAUGUAAACUCAAGCACUAGAAGAAUACAACCAUUUUGGAAUCGGAAA